AUGACCAGAAAAUAUGAUCUAUAAAGCCUCACUUAGGAAUAGAUUAUGAAGAUUAAAUCUCUUGAUUUGACUUAAGGGAAAAGGUCAGCUGUAAAGCGAAUUUUUCGAGGAGCAAAGGAUAAAUCAGCUCAAAUUCAAGAAUAAAAAAAUCAGACAGGAAAAAAAUAUUGGUGA